UCCCCUUUCCCAGUUUCCCCUCUGGAAACCCCCUCUCCCAUCCUCCCUCCCCCUGCUUCUAUGAGGGUGCUCACCCACCCACUCCCGCCUCCCUGCCCUGGCAUUUCCCUACACUGGGGCAUCAAGCCUUCCCAAGACCAAAGUCCUCUCCUCCCACUGAUGUCUGACAAGGCCAUUCUCUGCUACAUAUGCGGCUGGAGCCAUGGGUCUCUCCAUAUGUAUUCUUUGGUUGGUGGUUUAAUUCCUGGCAACUCUGGGGAGGGGGGUGUCUAGUUGGUUGAUAUUGUUCUUCCUAUGGGUUGCAAACCCCUUCAGCUCCUUCAGUCCUUUCUCCAUUGGGGACCCUGUGCUUAGUCCAAUAGUUGGCUGCAAGCACAAAUACAGGAGCUGUCUUGUAUCUUACACGCAGAUAAAGCUGUCUGUUCUCUGUGCUGUAUAUGUAUAUAGGCCCAGCUGAUCUUGAACAGUCUUGGUCUUAGACAGAAGUACCACAUCCAGGGUUUUGCUGACAGGCUAUCCUAUCCACAGUCUGCAGGUGAAAGCCAGGCAAGCUUGUGACACGGAAGUCACAAGGCAUCUCUGUUUGCAGGUCUUCUUUGAAGCAGCCCCAUGGACUUUAAUCCAGAAAACAAUUUCAGUGAGGUGUCAGGAUGGCUAUGGGAGGCUUGUUGGGAGAAGCAAGUGACAGUGGAAUACUUUGGGGCCGUCAAUCUUGAGAAAGUUUCUGCCAUUGCUGCCUAACAUAAAGAGUGGGCAGGGCUACAGCAAAGUGGUGCAUUUUUCUUCCUAAGACCAGCUACUGACCUCUCCUCCCGUCUCCUAUACACGUAGCCUUUGCAUUGUGUCUGUAUAGUGGCAAGAGACAGUCAUUCCAAGGCCAGAAAGAUCUGCAUCACUAUUGAGGGACUCGUGUCAUUUCAGAACAUACAGGUGAGGUGACUGCCGCUUGACACCAACACAAAACAGCUCUAGACUUUCUGCUUCAUUGUCCUCUCCUUGCUUGAACAUAGCCGUCACUUGAUAAGUUUGUGUUUUCUGCAUGAAACCUCAUCUUUACUUCCUUUGCCCAGGUAGUGGGUAUCGAGUUGAAAGCACCUGAAUCUGUACGUAAGACUGAGGUGGUGCUCUGCGUUCUGUACUGGUCACUUUGAGAACCGCUGUUUUUGGCCAGACUUCCCUCGAGGCACCUGCCUUACAGAGGUUUGAGCACAAAGACUUGCAAAUACUAGUAGUGUUGGGUAAUCUUUGAUGGGUGGUCUUACCAUUCGAGCUUGAGUUAUUUGUGAAGUUAAAUGCCUUUAAGACAGAAAGCCAAAUGUUGUAUCAUCUUUCAUGGCAAGUUGAGAUGAAAUACUGAAAAGGAUUGUUUUUUUGGUUUGGCCUGGUUUGGCCUGGUAUGGUUCGGUUUGGUUUGGUUUAGUUUGGUUUGGUUUGGUUUGAUUUGGUUUGGUUUGGUUUAGUUUGGUUUGGUUUGGUUUGAUUUGGUUUGGUUUAGUUUGGUUUGGUUUGGUUUGAUUUGAUUUGGUUUAGUUUGGUUUGGUUUGGUUUAGUUUGAUUUGUUUUUUCCUCCCUGGCUUGGUUUUGGGUUUGGUUUGGCUUGGUUUGAUUUGGUUUUCUCCUAGCUUAGUUUUCAUUUUCGUUUCAUUUCCUUUCAUUUAGUUUCAUUUUGUUUCGCUUGGUUUGCUUGCUAGCUUGCUUGCUUGUUUUCGGGCACUGUCUCUCUAUAUAGCUUUGACUGUCCUGGAACUCACUAUAUAGACUAGGCUGGCCUAGAACUCACAGAGGCCUUCUGUCUCUGCCUCUGAAUGCUGAUUGAGAAUAAAGGCUUGCACCCAGCUCCCUUGAUUUUCUUGAUUCUCUUGAUAAAGAGCCUCCCACUCUGAUCACAGGUCAGAUUGUAUUCUAGGUUUCGAUGUGAAUCCUUAAUAUUGCUAAAGUUCCUGCUAUUUCCUGAUUCACUUCUUCAUGGCUUCUUCCCCUUUCUUCUCAGCACUUGGACUAUUAUGAGAUAUAAAACCAGGGUUCAGUGUAUGUUUAUGCACUGAAUUAAAUGACUCAAAGUUGUGCACUUUUCCUUUCAAAGUUUCUCUCUGACACUGAAGCAGUCUAUAUCUACUGAACACUAAAACAGGGUAGACUAUUGAUGAACCACCUGACUCCCCCAAAGAGCUUGGAAUGCUUGAUACCAAAUUCCUACAGCUACCCCCAUGAAGGACUUAAUACUGAGGAGCCCUGGCACCCACAAAUUUCAGUGCUUCUGUGUCCAAGUUGGGGCAUGUAUUUAUUGAGCUUUUUUUCUACAAACUACCUGAAGAACGGUAGGACUAGGAAUGUAUCCUUGCUUAGUGGACCCAGCUUACCAAGGAAAACAGACACUGAACUGCCCACAAAGAAUGACUGCUGCGAUUUCUUCUGUCUUCCCAGAUUCUGCUAGGUCAAACCACAGAGAUCCCAACCUUCGUCAUCAUAGAUGACAAAGAGAAAGAGCCUCAGACCAAGCCAGAAGGAAAUUUCCUAGCUAGAGCAGUAGGUAGCCAGGAUGUAUUGAUUGUGUACACAUGUAAAGUAACUUGUCCUGAGUUACGUACAUUCACCCCUGGAGUCCAGCUACAGUCUUGUUGUUACUCCUGUUCCCAGUAAGUGACGGUUUCUGUGUUGUGAGAUUGUUGUUGACUGUAACUGUUGUGGGAAUUUAAAUACAUCUGCAUACAUUUGGCUUCGAAAUAAUAAAUGCUGUUUCCUUCCUGGUGGGCGUCAAGUGUGAUGUCCCUUACUUUUUCAACUUCACAUUAAUUUGUGGCAUUUUGUCUUAAAUUGGUACAUAAAGAUCGACCCACAUUAUUUAAGACAGUAACUAAUUCUGGGUACUAUCCACUAAAUGUAGGAGGAUUCACUUCAUGUUGGAGGUUAGUGAACAUGGCCAGAAUGUCCAGAUAUGCAAUGUCUCAACAUAUGUAUUUAAGUACAGCUUAUGUCAGUUCUUAAGUAAACCUCGUUCAUUAUCCCUCACUGAUCCAUUGUAAAUCAAACAGUAAACAAAGCGCUUGUCUUUGUUCCUCUUGAAGCCCCUCCUCAGCGUCGUCAGAUCUGGAAAGCUUCUCAAAGGAUGGUCCACUUCUUUGCCUUUAGAGAGAAAAAUCAUCUCCUUCAAAAUGAGCUGAUACAAUAGUCCAGGAUACCACAUCUUACAAGGUAGAACAGGGUAUAGAAUGUGAGUCUUCUGUCCCCCAUUGCUACUCACAUCUGUAUGUAUGAGGAAGCAUUUUAUUAGAGACUAAGUUGCUAUGAUUUUUAUAUUUUCAAUUUACAUAUUGCCAAUAACAUUUUUUAAUCCACCGUAAACCUUAAUGCUGACAGUCAAGUUUCAGAUUAGAAGAUAGUUAAGGCUUCGCCCACACUGACCAUCUUGUCCCAGCCACUACUUAUUUGACUUGUCUUACGUCUUCCUAUCUUCUCCUUUUCCAUUCCUCAUUCUGUUUCUUAAAAUCUAUUGUAAUAAGCUUUGAGCUAAUAUUCUCUUGCUUCUCUACUAGGACUUUUAUGAGGGGAAAAGUGUCAAAACAGAACAACGCAUUUCUCUAGGUGGGGCUGUAGCUCAGUGGUAGAGCACUUACCUAGCAUGCAGAGUUCUGAACUUCAUACCAGCACUUUCUAAUAAACCAGUUUUUCAGCAUGAUCAGGCACACUGACCAUGGCAUGCUUGAGAGCCAAAAGCCAAGGAACACAUCACUUUCGCUUUCUUUGCCUUCUGGGUUGAACAUUCAGGGGACUUCACACUCACUGGAUAAGAAUCACAUGCAUCCUGCCAACUGCAGCAGGGAAAGGGUCUUUCCUUUUGGUAAGUAGACGCCUUGCUGAUUCCGUCUUCAGUUAAAGACUCUGUCACCCAGCUUCUGUCUCAUCUGUGUUCAACCACUUAUUUAAUUCAGUCUAUCCUGCCUCUGAGCAAGGACUGAUUUUUCGUUUGCAUUUAACACUUCAUUUGUGGUAAGACAAUAAAUAGACCAAUCUUUUCCCUCCCUUUUCUUUCGUAAUUAAGAAAUAAAAUGGACUGUGUGCUUAUUAUUUAAGUCUUGAUUUCCCAGAAGAACUUAAACAAGCCUGAAGCAGAAAAGAAUAGCCAUUUUGAGCAUCUACCCUGUGCCAGAUUCUAUGCCAAGAGAUUUAUAUAAAUUAUAUCAUUUACUCCAUAAAAUAAGCAUGUGAGAUAGGCAUGUUAACCGCAUUUCAAGGGUGAGACUGAGCGUUAGAGAAAUUGUGCCUUGUGGCUUAUGAGAGUAGAGAUACAUACUCAAGAUUCCAAAGCCAAGUUACCAUUACGUGGCAGGCAGCGGUGUGCAUCUGUGUACGUAGCACACACUAUGGCUAGUAGAAGGGCCAUUUUGUUACAUUCUUUAAUUUUGUGGAGCAGCAGCUUUGAAAGAACAGUCAAGGUUAUUUUUUGUUUGUUUGUUUGUUUUGAAUUUGAGUUCUAGAACAGCUGGAAGGCCCCAGUGAGCUCCUGUAAGCAGUUGUAUUCAUAGUUCCAGAUUAUGGGGCCACAUUUGUCACUUGUGUCUUGUGACUUUUCCUUCAGAGAUGUGACCAAAUAUCCCCACCACAUAAGACAUAAAUGACAGAUCAAAGAAAUUCUUCUACCCAUCUAGCUUGGUAAGUCAUUGAGUUCAUUAGUAACAGCUUGAGUAAAGGGUUACUCAUAAGCACAAAGGUACCUAUGUCAUGGAAUGUUUCACCCCAACAUGGGUAACAGUUCUUGUAGCUGCGUGCCCAUAGCUGCCUGUUCAGUCUGAAGAUAGCUCCACCAGAAGCCUUCACCACCAGUUGCUUCCUGUUUAGAUCAAGAGAGGGGCCUCAUGAAUCUUGUGUAUGAGCAUCCUCAGUGAGCAUUCUGAGCCUAAGUGUCAUCAGCUUAUGGGGCUUAGGAACCUAUCUCCGAAGGGGGGUUUCCUUUGAGAGGCAUAGCUGCAUGGCACUCCUGUGAUCUUAUGAAAGAUCUUAUGUUCUUUCUACUCUUAUCUUCCAAGAUGUCCCCUGACCCUUGGAAGGGGUAAAAAAGAUAGCCGGAUAUUUUCUUCCAUUUCUGCCUGAGCAUAUGGGCCAUAGUAACAGUCACUUAUUCUCAGCAGCUUGACAGAGUGUAAGUCUCUGCGGUUCCGCAAUACCCAUUUGAGGGUACAGCCUUUUCUUCCAUAUUAGAGGCUGAUGACAGCAGAAAUCCAUGAGUAUAAACGACUGUUUCAAAGACGGGUAGGCACAUCACAUUUAUAUAUUAAAACAGAAACAGUGCUUAGUUUCUUAACCCUUGGCCUUCCUGACCUCUAGCCACAAAUAUUUGCUUUUACUUAGCAAAAGUAGAUAUCAGUCCCUCCUGUAAACAACCCUUAAGUCCAGGCAGAAAGCAAUUGGCUGUUUAUGUAAUGGCCGUGCCGUUAUUGCAACAGCUGACAUGCCGUUCCUAGCAUGUUCGUGCUAUAGUACAUAGAGUCUACAGUACGAACCUGCCAGCUCAGUCCCAGAUGGAUGUGUCAUGUCCCAUAGUCAAAGUGUGCAGUGUCUUCAGUAAUAGAUUCUUAGCAUUUGCUUCUAAUGUGAAACCAACAGCAGUGUUAAUAGCUUAUAGGGAAGAGGGGUAGGAGGUGAGCCAAUAGCUCAUAGCUAAUCAACUUGUAACACUGGAAUUUUCACUCAACAACCUUACAACUCCUGGGAGUGCCCACUCACAUAGGUUGACUUCUUAGCCCUGUACCAGUCCCAAUCUCCCUACUAAGUCAACCUCUUAACCUUCCUGGGGCAGCCCUGUCUAGUCCAGUGAGCUGGUUAUCAACCUCCUACCUAUCACAUGCCUAGUUCCUUCAGUAUCGCCUGCCUUUCCUCUGUUGUUUUCCAGUUUCUAAUAAUCAUGAAAGAUCUGAGCCAGUGAUUACCAAGUGUCCCUGAUGGCUUAUAUGAGCUAGACUUCAGAGACUGGUUUUCCUCAUAUUGCUUUAGGUUACAUAUUCUCUGUCUCAAGGAGGAAUAAGCCUAUGUUUCUGUUUUUCUACUUCUUUGAUACUUGGACUGCCCAUCUGCACGCAUGUCUCAUAGCCUCGUGAGUCAGGUUAUGAGGGACUAUCUCAUUCUUUGUUUUAACAUCUGUUCAGUUAAAACUUUUCAUGCAUAGAGCAUUCCCUUAUUCUGUAUUGGGGCACUAGUCACCCCAACACCUUAUGCUGAAUCGUGAAUUUUCCCUGUGUUAGGAUUUAGAAUUAAAGGGCAUCUUCUUUUACUUCUGCCUUACCUUUGUCCUCUUCACUCACUUAUGUUCCCAGUGGGAUUCCAGUUUUUAAGCGGGGCUGUGGGGGUGGAAUGGGAUGGAGUGCUUUUAACAGGGGUCAAAUUUGUAUUGUCCUCCUUGCACCUGCCAAAUGCUACGGUUUAUCUGUUUGUUUGUUUGCUUGCUUUUUUUUUUUUUUUUUUUUGCAUCUUCUACCAAAUCAGAGGAUAGAAUUCACAUAUCUUUUUCAUAUCAGAAUUCCUCUUAUUCCAAGUGCUUUCCAGACAGAGCUGAGCUCAGCUGUGACUUUUCACUCACAACAAUGGCAAAACAUGCUGCUCUAGCCUGAUUAUGGCCAUAUCCCAUGUAUUGUACUUUCAGGAUUGGCAUGUAUUCUCAACUUCAUUAGCAGUUUUGAGAAUGCCCCUAAAGUUGCCCGGUAGGCCCAGUUCACCGGGGAAGCAUGCCACUUCACAGCAUGUAGAUAAGAUGGUGGACUUGGCAUUUCCUCAAAGGACACUCCAUUCUCAUGGCUUUACCUUGGUGGCAUGUCUUAUCACCCAUUAAUGGAAGCAUGAAGUUGCCACUACAGAAAGGAAGCACACUGUCCCCUACCACAUGCAGAAAGUUCAUCACAUUGGAAUUGCCUUGGUAAGUGUACUAGUCUCAGAUUAGUCUUAGUUGCAUGCCUUAACCUGUCACUGUCACUGUGCAGCUGCUCCUCCCCAACUCCUCUUUGAUCCUCAGAUUCUAUGUCCUUGCUAGUUGUGUUGCAUGUCUUUUGCAGGAAUCUGAAUAAAUGGCUCGUCACCCUUAAAUAAAGUGCUGAUGACAUACCAAAAAGAAAUGAUUCCAUCCAUGAUCUGGUGAAUUUAUUAAGACUAUGUACAAGAACAUGAGUGAAUCUAAGGCAUUUAUAUCACAGAAAAGGACACCAGAGAAAGAUAAUGGAAUUGGAAGGCCAACAAUUUGCAAGGCAUCAUGCAUGUAACCUCACACAUCCCAUGAAAUGUAGAGGUCCCUUAGGAGGAACCCCUUGAGGUACCCGGUCUAGAAUACAUUAAUGCCCUUGUGAGUGCUAAAUGGUGUGAUAACACCCAAGAGCCAGGAAAUGGCGACAGCCUUGGAGCUAGAGGACCAAGAUCUUUGGGAAGAAGAAGAAGAAGGAGUUCUGAUGGUGAAACUGGAGGAUGAUUUCACCUGCGGGCCAGAAUCUGCCUUGCAGGGCGAUGAUCCUGUACUGGAGACCUCUCACCAGAAUUUCCGAUGCUUUCGCUACCAGGAAGCAUCUAGCCCUCGAGAAGCCCUCAUCAGACUUCGAGAGCUUUGUCAUCAAUGGUUGAGGCCAGAGAGGAGAACAAAGGAGCAGAUCCUUGAGCUGCUUGUGCUAGAACAGUUCCUCACUGUCCUACCUGGAGAACUGCAGAGCUGGGUGCGAGGCCAACGGCCAGAGAGUGGCGAGGAGGCAGUGACGCUGGUGGAGGGUUUGCAGAAACAACCCAGGAGACCAAGGCGGUGGGUAACCGUCCAUGUUCAAGGCCAGGAAGUUCUGUCAGAGGAGACACUACACCUAGGGGUGGAGCCAGAGUCCUCCAAUGAGCAGCAAGAGCCAACACAGACCUUGACCGCUGAGCAGCCCCAUGAGGAAGCCCUCCGAAGCACAGAUCUGGGGACACUGGAACAGGAGAGCUUGCAGCAUGAAGGGGAGCGCCUGCCCCUGCUGGAAAGUGAGGUUCCAGUGUCCCAGCAUGCAGACCUUCCCACAGAACAAGGGUCUGGACACCCAGAGAUGGUUGCUCUUCUCACUGCUCUCUCUCAGGGACUGGUCACAUUCAAGGAUGUGGCUCUGUGCUUCUCACAAGAUCAAUGGAGUGAUCUGGAUCCAACACAAAAAGAAUUCUAUGGAGAAUAUGUCUUGGAAGAAGAUUGUGGAAUUGUGGUCUCUCUGUCAUUUCCAAUUCCCAGACUAGAUGAUCCCUCCCAGAUUAGAGAAGAAGAGCCUCAGGUCCCAGGAGUCCAUGAAUCUCAAGAACCUGCAGAACCAGAAAUCCUGAGUUUUACCUAUACAGGAGACAUGAGUGAAGCCGAGGAAGAAUGUGUUGAGCAACAAGAUACAAACAAGUCUAUUUUGGCAAACACAGAAAUUCACCAGACUCCAGAUUGGGAAAUAGUCAUUGAGGAUAAUACCAGUAGACUUAAUGAAAGAUUUGGUACAAAUGUUUCUAAAGUCAAUAGCUUCACAAAUAUUAGGAAAACUAUGCCUGUCCACUCCCAGUCAGGGAGACAGCAUCAUUGCCCUCUAUGUGCAAAAAGCUUCACAUGUAAUUCUCAUCUUAUUAGGCACUUAAGAACUCACACAGGAGAAAAACCCUAUAAAUGUAUGGAGUGUGGGAAAAGUUACACACGGAGUUCACAUCUAGCGAGGCACCAGAAAGUCCAUAAGGUGAACACUCCUCAUAAACAUCCUCCAAACCGGAAGACUGUGGAUGCCUCUCAAGUCCAGUCUGAGGCAACUACCCGUGUGGAGAAACCAUAUACCUGUGAUGAUUGUGGAAAGCACUUCCGUUGGACAUCGGACCUGGUCAGGCACCAGAGGACACAUACAGGAGAAAAACCUUUUUUCUGCACUAUUUGUGGCAAAAGCUUCAGCCAGAAAUCUGUGUUAACAACACACCAAAGAAUCCAUGUUGGAGGCAAGCCCUACACAUGUGCGAACUGUGGAGAAAACUUCAGUGAGCAGAAACAGUAUCUGGCACACCGGAAGACACAUGUGUCUGAGGAGAACCAUCUCUGCAGUGAGUGUGGGCGCUCCUUCAACCAUAGUGCUGCGUUUGCCAAGCACCUGAAAGGCCACGCUUCAGUGAGGAACUGCCGGUGUGAUGAAUGUGGUAAAAGCUUUAGCAGGAGGGAUCACCUUGUCAGACAUCAACGAACACACACUGGGGAAAAGCCUUUUACCUGUGCUACCUGUGGAAAAAGUUUCAGCAGAGGAUAUCACUUAAUCCGCCAUCAGAGAAUCCACACAGGAAAGACCAAGACCUAGCUAGGGGCCAUAUGUGGAGAGCUUAAUUCAGCAGCAAACUGAGAUGGGAUGGGUUCUGUGCUCAACCUGAGAAGAACUUUUGUAAGGCGUCUCUUUGAUCUGCCCAUACCUUAUGUCACCUCUUCUAACUACCAAACAAAAGCCCCAUCCAGAACUACUCAACUUUUCUCAGUUGAGGCUUCUGUUUCACUGGCAUGCUCCUGCCUCUGCCUCAUGGGUGUGAUCUAGGAGAUAUGGGACUUAAGGAAAUUUGGGUCAUUAUAUUUUGAGAAACGUAGGCUGCUCUAGAUCCUGGAGACUACUUAACAGCCUCAACUUCAGUGUGGUCAAGGAUAAGGACCUAGGUCUGAUAAACAACCAACCUUAAAGGGUCUGUCCUUACUGGGCUCAAACCUUAAGGCACGCAGCCCUAAACUCAAGAUAGGAGGUUUGGGUGCUGAUAGAUUUGCCACACACUGACGGGAUAGCUACAGAUUCCUCACUAACUCGCCUCUUCACUGUACACUUUCCUUCAAUGCUGGAGACAAAGGGGAAGAGUUUUGAAGGACAAAUCCUUAAGGCUCCUCCACAAGGAUUUUGACAGGCUGCUCCUUUCCCCAUUGUCAGAAUGACACUAAGUGCCACACACUGCUACAAAAGCGGGCCUAAUCAAAAGCCUCUUGGGGUGCACCACACCUGUCUACAUACUCCUGUCUUUAGCUUUUCUACUAUUCAGCCACUGUCAGUUUGUCCCUUACAUGCCUACUGCAAAAGAGAUGUAGUCCUGGAGUGCUGAAGAAUUCAGUAAAGCAUAAUUAAGACAUGGUGAAAUCCAUUACAUUCCCACAUAAUGUUUAAGCGUGUCCUUUAUUUGGCUUGUAAGAAGGGAUCUGAAGCUCUUGUUAGCGUAGAAAGGCACUGUAUCCAGUGCAGAAUCCUAAUUGACUGAGGAAAACUAGAGAAGAUAUAAAACACUUUGGAAGACUAUGAAACAGUUGUUGCCACUGGCCAAGACUGUUAGGACUGUUCUGACACCUAGUCCUUGGUAUGCCUGCCUCGGUUUUUUAAUGUCUGGGAAGAUUAUGAACCCUAGUACUUGGGACCCUGAGAAUUAAUCGGAAGUAAAGGGAUUUUUAUGCGUCUGUGUUACUUGGUUUUUAAUGUGUAAGUGUUUUCAUGUAAUUGUGAACUGAAAAGUAGUAUCUCCUGGUGGCCUAUGGGUCUUUUGCCUGUUCAAAGUUCCCAGGAGGCUGAAAUUUUAUGAACCUUACAUGUCUGGUCAUCUGAAAAGGACUGAGGACAGAUACUUGAUAGACAGAGCCCAGGAUGUGGGAUUAAAGAAUGGGAAGGCAGAUACACUUC